AUGUCAAAUAACUCUAAAUCCACUGCCACUUCUUCUUCUCAACUUUCCUUUCAAGAUAAUACUACUAUUUCACAUGAGCAUAAUAUAGAGGGACAAUUUCAUACACCUACUUACACUAGAAAAUCAACUAGACGUAUUUCUCAACUUGAACCUGAUACUACUGCAUUAUGGGGUUGGUUUCUUUUAUUUGCUGCUUAUUUUAUUUUUGUAUUUAGUAUGUAUGCUAUUGUUGUUAGUAAAUUUGUUCCAGAAACCGGAAAUAAGACGCUCGAUUGGAUCAAAAAGGAUGAAUAUUAUUGUCUUUUAGUUCCACUUACAUUACCGGUAACAAUAUAUGCAGUAUUUUUUAAUUGGUUGGGAAUGAAAUUCUUUAGACAUAAUUAA